GUCACAACAAAGGUAAACUGUUUUGAAAAUCGGCAGAGAAUUUUUGUUCGUUCUCGGUGCAGAUUUUCGUACUUAUCCGUGAUAUUUAGGGGAAAAGGUCGUUCUACAAUUACCGCGUCCCUGUUUUAUUAAGGUAAUGUCCGAUUCCGAUACCUCCGACUCUGACAGUGGAGUACGGUACAAAACGACGACCACACGCCAUAACCAACCAAGGCCCACGAGUGAAAAACCGGAACGACCCUCGUACCGUGACAACAACAGUAGCUCAUCACGUAUCCGAUCCGACCGGAGAUAUCAUCACAGAAGCCGUAGUCCAACGCCGGAGCGCAGACGGUAUCGCCGCAGAUCGCGGACUCCCGAAUCUUCAUCCCGUUCUCAUCGUUCCAGUCGCUCUGCACGAUCAUCACGCAAUGCCUCACCCGAACCCAGCCGGCGAGUUAAAGAUGACGUUAAACCAUUAGACGUGUCGGUGUCUUCCGUGUCAUCACACGACGAUCACACAGCGCAACGGAGGAAAGGAUCAGAAUCUCCGACGGAAUGUUUCGGUCCUGCGCUUCCACCUGCGUUAGCACAGCCCUCGAAGAGUGAAAAGAGGGAGACUGAGGAGCCGGCCAAAGGCGUCAUAGGACCCGCACUGCCACCUCAUUUACUGGCCCGUAAAACGGAACACCAAGAUGAAGAGCGUGAGGAGAAAACGGACCGGGGUGCGAUCGGUCCUGCUUUACCCCCCGGAAUGAAGCUUCCAGAAGCACAGCCUUCCCACGAUCAUGCGACCUCCGAUUCGGAGCUAUCGCCCUUCUCCGAACCGGAACAGGACGAUGAACCAGACGGUGAUGAUGGUGAGGAUGAUGAGAUGAUUGGUCCCUUGCCAGGUACAUCUGGCUCUCGAGCGAACGUGGAACUGGAACAGCGUGCGCUCGAGAUGAAGAUACGACAAAUCGAGACUGCGGCGACCGGUGCCAAUGGAGACCGGGAGCAACCGAAAGCACGCGAGGAUUGGAUGCUUGAACUGCCAGAUAUUCGCAAGAUCAGUGACAUGGGACUAGGUGCAAGGCAGUUCCGGACGCGCGAAAAGCAAGAAAUCGGUGACCGAACGGUCUGGACUGAUACGCCCGCCGAUCGGGAACGUAAGAAAGCUUCGGGGGGUGGUGGAUCGUCGAAAGCCGUCGAUCCUGCCGUCGAACGAGAACGAGAGCGCGAACGGAAACUCAUUGCAAAACGUGACAAAGAGCAGGAGGAGCUGGUGAAGCGCCACAAGAAAAAACACAAAAGAGACAAGGCGCUGCUAGAGAUACAUCAAAAGAAGCUUAAAAAAGAGAAGGAAUCAAAAGGCGCUGAAGAAUCGAUCCGACGACCCUUCGAUCGUAAUGUGGACCUGCAGGCUAAUCGUUUUGACGAGGCACAGAAGAAAGCAGUGCUCAAGAAAGCACAACUCUUGGACACACGGUUUUCCAGCGGCAGUUCCAAAUAUCUUUAGAAACGCGCCAGAAACUCGACGACGAAGGAACACGUACACCAUUGCCGGCAUGACUGCGCUAUACAUGUAUGCGUAGUUUGGCAGGAUUGUAGAUGCUUUCAUUAAUUUUAAACAAACUCCAAUUUUUUUCUACAACAAUAAAGACAAAUUGAGAAGAA